AUGCCUCACGCAGAAAGCGACAUGUCGAGCCCCGUCACUAACGGCGACAAGCCUCACUCACAAUUCUUCUCGCACUUGAAGUCAUACCCCGUCGUCAAUGACAGCGUCGAGACAUUCCUCAGCAACCCCUACGGAGCCAAGUCUCUUGACAUUGCCGAAACCGCCUACACCAAGCUUGGAAAGCCCGUCAUGCCCUACCUGAGAACUCCUUACUCAUAUGCCGCACCGUACGUGGCCAAGGCCGACAGUCUGGCCGACAAGGGACUGGAGCAGGUCGACACACGUUUCCCCAUCGUCAGAGAAGACACCAUCACCAUCAAGGACACGGUCGUGAACUAUGCAUUCUUCCCCUUCAGAGUCGCUGGAGAGGGUCGUACAUACGUCAUGAACACCUACGAAGACCAGUACAACAGGACUGCAUCUCGCAACAACCGUGGCAACGGCUUGAGCACGAGCUUCCUGGCCAUCAUCUCGACCCAACUCAAGAUCGCCGCUGAUAGUGUCAACCUUCUUGCUGACUGGUUCGGACCCAAGUCUGAAGAGGCCAAGCAGAAGAGCAACUCGCUACUCAACAGCCUGUACAACAAGGCCAGCGCUUACGGAGAGCAAGCCAAGCAGAAGGCCAACGAAGCCAACGAGAAGAAGGAGACAUACGCUGAAAAGGCUCAGGAAAAGUCAGGAUACUGA